AUGACGAGUUUAACAACACUAGAUCUCUCUUUCAACGAUCUCACCGGAAGAGUACCAUUCGGUGGUCAAUUCAUGGUGUUUAACGACACUUCUUUCGCCGGACAUCCUUACCUCUGUUUACCUCACCGCGUCUCAUGUUCAAUCCGGCCCGGUCACACCUCCGAUCGUAACCACACGGCGUUGUUCACACCGUCGAGGAUCGUAAUCACGAUUAUAAGAAAUGAUUUAUAA